AAUAUCAAUUUUUCUCGAACACAGCUUUUUACCAAGUGUAGGGAAGCACACACGUCUGUUCUUUGCUUUUGAUAUCCCAGAGCCUAGGCCGCUACGAUGGAACAAGGCACUCUAGACGUCGAUGCCGAAAUAGCUCGGAAGAAGCAGGAAGUUGAGGAUGCUAUUGAAGAAUAUGGUUUCAGCCGCGAAGACCCUGGAGCCACACUGAUUUGGUUUGGAAAGGAGUAUAUGAACGAGCGCUUCGAAACGACCGACGACGAUUUCAGACGAUUCAUUCUGAAGCGAUUCGAAGAGGAGCCGUGGCACUACACUUUCAAGAAGUUCGCUGCUUUGAAUAAGGUUUAUAAUGCGCAUAUCCAGCAGCAGAUCCCGAAAGGCCGCAGUCCUCUCUCCACAAUCAUUCACUGGGGAAAGUGGAAGGGCCAUGAGUUUCGAGUAAUAUACCAAAGCACAUACAGGUGGAAUUGGUACAUGAGUCAUUGUCCAAAGUACAAGCCUCUGCUGCUGGAGAUGCUCCAACAGUACCGACUAUGGAAGGCUAGCAGACCGAAGAGGAAGCUGAAGGAGAAAAGAAUUGUUGGACUACACUCGAACCCUGUGGGCGAAUACGAGAGUGACGGUGGAUUUGUUGUGAUGGAUGAGAGUAGUAAGGGUGAUGAAACCGAGCAAGACGACGAGGGCCAGAGUCAAAAGGAUGACGAAGCUCAGGAUGGAGAUAGUAGUGGGGGAGAUUGGGAGAGCAGCGAGAACGAGACUGGAGGCAGUCGUGAUGGCUCUGCCACGGUGGAAACAUCAGGCAUCGAGGGCAUGGAUACUGGAGAAGCUGGAAGUGGAGAUGACGGCAAUGAUCUGCUAUCCUUAGAUGACUUGCUGCUGCAGAAGAGCAAAGACCAAAGGAGAAGUCCUACAUCCAGAGCAAGACAGAAUCGUCGAACGCAAAGCAGAUGCGACGAUCCGGCCAUGAAUAUUGGCUCUUCUCCGGAUUCAGCUGCUCCCAAGACUCCGAGGCAAAAGAGAAGCACCUGGAAAACUUUUGGCACUCGACGACCAAUGACUCCUGAGUCCCAAGACUUAGCUCGCACUUCUGCCAAUGACUCUGAAGACGAUGUCAUCAUGUCGGCUCGAGUGCACAAUCCAACGACCCGAGAAGGAGACUAUAUUCACGAAAGGAGAUCAAGAGUACUCAGAGCAGCAGAAACAAAGCCAGUAACACGGAAUCUGAGUUCAGUGAUGGAGACAAGACUCCGGUCAGGGUGGUAUCACGGAGUAGAGGAGGAGUACCACGGUCCCCAAAUAGCCAACGUGCUACAACCUCCUCCAAAGGAGCCACCCUUCACAAAAUCACCUUCAUCUUGGGCAAUAUAUCCUACACAAGGACCAUACCACCACGGAAAACUACUACUCCAUCCAAUCACCGACGGGCUCCAAGAACCCAAGCAAGGGCCACUUUGCAGACUCUUCAGAAAGUUAGAGACUCAGACCCUUACAUCGAAACCUCUUCAGAUGAGGUUAUCACAUCAUCAUGCAAACGCAGGCGAGACGAUACUGAUGACUCGCCGUCAGUUCAACGGCCACGGAAACCCUCGGAAGAAGACUCCGAUGAUGAAUGUCUCGUUCCGCCUCAUCUCAUCUGAGGAAUAUGAAAGCUAG